AUGUUCCAGGUCUGCGAACAGAUUAUUCUCACACAGCAGGCUUCUCAGAAAGAGCCCGACCAGGAGUACCCUGCAGAGUAUGCGAGCGCUCUACGCACUCUGGAUGCAGUCCUGGCUGCCUUCUUUGAUGAGCUCCUCUCGAAGUCACGGAGACUUGCAAUGCACCUCGGGCUCUUUGACGCGCACUUCGACUUCGGACUAUGUGGCUACGAUAUUCCAUCGGCAACGAGGAAGUCAGAUAAGGACCCUGUGUUCAACGCACUGAAUGCAAUGUACGGACACAAUCGCGAAGACUGUGAUCUGCCUGGACAUUUCAUUCACCAAGCUCAGAGCUACCCCGAUCGAUUACCUUUGAAGUUGUCGGAAUGCCUAUCGGACAUGGCCGCUGUGGAUGAAGCUGUGAUGUCGAUUCGCUGCUUUCGUCCAAGCUUUGGUGAGGCUGAUGUUGCAACGAUUCCAACGAUUGCUGCGAAGCAUCAAGACUGCAAGCACUGGAGAACGGUGGCUUAUGACGACCACGUCACGGAGAAUAUUAAUAAUUAUCGGCCUCAAUUAUCCAGAAAACUCGAGGCACUCAUCAAGGUUCCCUGUGUGGACAGCAAGAUCACUUCGAGAUCAGUCACCAACUUCGAUGCUAGCCACGAGAAGCUUGGCGCAUUCUGGUCAGAAUAUCGUAAAGUGCGAAGCACCUUACUGCAGGAGAAGCAGUGCCCGGAAGACCUACUACCAGAGGCAAUGGAUACUCUCAGAUUCGCCCUAUCGAAGGAGUAUAUAAACUCGAGGGAGAGCGAGCGACGCCAGAUUAUUGCUGCAGCCAGAGAGAAGGAGGAUGUAUCCCGGAGACGCCAGACUUCGACACCAAGCAAACGUCUCGUCCCACAGCACGCUGCGAAUGAGCCGUGCCAGACAGUCUGGGGCUCCGAGGACACACAAGAAACGCCUAGGUCAAGACUUCAGAUGAAGGAAAAAGUCAAGACGCGUCCAGAUGUCCCGAUCCUGCCGCUCCCCAGAACCGAGGAUCCUCCGCAGAACGAGGGCGAGAACGAUGUCGCAGAUGAACAGGCUGAGGAUCGCCUUCACGUGAGCAGCCAUACCAUGGACAUUGUGCACCGAAUGUUCGUCACGUACGGCAAGCGCAUGGCAGGGAGCGUACGAUGGAACGUCUUCGUUGCAGCAAUGGAGGACGCUGGGCUUGCUGCUGAGCAUGACAACGGUGGCUCGGAAGUCACCUUCCGAGACAUCAAGAGAGGCAAAGGCUCUAUCGUGUUUCAUGCGCCUCAUCCGGACCCACGCAUCAACCCGAUUUGCAUGCGAGCGUAUGGAAAGCGUCUCCAACGCCAGCUUGGCUGGUCCUAUGACUUGUUCACAUGCCACAAAUGUAUCAAUCUGCACGCUUCUUCGGGAAGUAUACCAUCGAGUCACAGCGUUCUAUGUAUGAUUGAGUGGUUAUCAUCUUAUUCUACCUUGGCGGAAGAUACGGACCGUGCUACUAACCUCCCAAUCAUAAAAAUCUAUCAAGGAUCAAUCGAGCGAGACAAAUGUAUAUAUGAAGUGAACGCGGGCGAUAGAACGUUCGUGCUCACGAGAUGGCGUCCAGGAACCCUCAGCGUAAGAUACGGACCUAACCCGACUGUACUCCGUGUGCGCGCAAGUCCACCUAGGCUACACUCACGCUUCUUUAAUCGGCGUAUAAACCACGCCUCUAAAUAUCCAAGCAACAGGGAAGGUGGAUCACGAGAUGAGCAGUCCAUCAAUCAAGCAUCGAUCGAUUACCAUGACGCACCUCGUGUCGAGAAAGAAACCAACCGAGCUGAUAAGUUGGGAUCGACUUACUGGAUCACCCGUGACCUUUCAUCAUCAACUCCUCCGGUCUCCCGGUGUGCAACGGUCUUGACUCGGUUAUCGUUCGGUGCAGUCGUGGCCGACAAGCUGGAAAGCAUUUCGGUGCUAGGGUCGUGGGGUCGUGUGCUCUCGGCGUGUCCACGUGACUGGUACACCAUCGUGCUCUGGAGUCUGGAAGAGGAUGCUUUUGCUGCCAUGAUGAUCGGUUGA